AUGGCUAAGGUUGCCAGGAAACCAGAGGAACGUAGAAAAGUUAUGAAACAAGCAACCGCAAGCACAAAACAAACAACUUCAACCACAAAACAGAGAAAGAAGAGGAAGAAUCCCUAUCAACCCAGGUCCAGAGAUGGUGGCAAGGUGAAGAAGAUACAAAGGGAAAUAAAAAGACUGCUUCAUGGGAGUUCAAGAAAAAAAUCCUCUUGCACUAGUAUAAAAAUUCCAAAGAAGGUGAAGAGAGUGAAAAGGGCCAAGAAGUUUCGGCCAUUAACAAAGUGA